AUGUCAUAUUCCUGGACCGGCGCGCCGGCCGUCUUCAAUGGCACAGAUUCCGGCACCGGCGGUGAUUCCGUCAACGAAAACCUCAACCAGUGGUAUCAAUCUGGUGACCAGGCAUUCAUUAUCGUCGCCUCUUGUAUGGUCCUCAUCAUGGUACCCGGUAUCGCCUUCCUCUACUCCGGCCUCGCACGACGAAAGUCGGCUCUCUCUCUGAUCUGGGUCUGUAUGAUGUCGUUUAGUGUUAUCGUCUUCCAGUGGUACUUCUGGGGCUAUUCGCUCGCCUUCAGCAGUACAGCAACAAACGGUUUCAUCGGCGACUUGCACCAUUUCGGUCUUCUCAACACCCUCGCUGUCCCUUCGCCCGGCUCGCCUCUCAUCCCCGAGCUGCUGUACUCCUUCUAUCAGAUGCAAUUUUGUGCAGUCACUGCGGCCCUCGUCGUUGGCGCCACGGCCGAGCGCGGCCGUGUCAUCCCCGCCAUGGUGUUCACGUUCUUCUGGGCCACCAUCGUCUACUGCCCCAUCGCCUGCUGGGUCUGGAAUGUCAACGGCUGGGCUUUCAAGUACGGCGUCCUCGACUAUGCUGGCGGCGGCCCCGUCGAGAUCUGCUCUGGUGUGUCUGCUCUAGCCUAUUCGUGGGUGCUCGGCCGCCGCAACGAGAAGAUGAUGCUCAACUUCCGCCCGCACAACAUUUCUCUGAUCACGCUCGGCACCAUCCUGCUCUGGUUCGGCUGGCUGGGUUUCAACGGCGGCUCUGCCUUUGGCGCCAACUUGCGUGCCACCAUGGCCUGCUGGAACUCGUGCCUCACGGCCAUGUUUGCAGCCAUGACCUGGUGUCUGCUUGAUUUCCGUCUGGCCCGUAAAUGGUCGCUGGUCGGCUGGUGUUCCGGCACCAUUUCGGGCCUCGUUUCCGCCACGCCUGCCUCGGGUUUCAUCACGCCCUGGGCCAGCAUCAUCCUGGGUAUUGUCACGGGCAUCGCUUGUAACUUUGCCACCAAGGUGAAGUUUGUUCUCCGUAUCGAUGAUUCCCUGGAUGUGUUCGCGGAGCACGCUGUCGGCGGCAUGGUCGGCCUUACGUUCAACGCGUUCUUCGCUGCCGACUACAUCAUCGGCCUCGACGGUGUCAACAACGGUGUGACCGGCGGCUUCAUUAACCACAACUGGCGCCAGCUCUACGUCCAGAUCGCCUAUCUCCUCGCUGCCACCUUGUACGCUUUCACCGUUUCCGCCCUGCUCGCCAAGGCGAUCGACCUCGUGCCUGGCUUGCACCUGCGCGCCAGCGAAGAGGCCGAGCUGCUCGGUAUGGACGACGACCAGCACGGCGAGUUUGCGUACGACUAUGUCGAAGUCCGUCGCGACUACCUUGCUUGGACCCCCGCUGAGAAGGAUCCCAAGGAGGACGGCAUCCGCAUCAUCCCGCAGCACGGCAUCGAGGGUCAUCAGAUGCUCAUGAACGGCACCCGCCCGCCAUCGUUGGCUGGUGCCUCGACUGCUGACCAGGAGGAGCGUAACUACCUCAACAGCCAGAGCAGCAACGGCAAGGAAAAGAGCCUUAGCGGCAGCAACGGCCAAGGCAUCCAUCAACAACUGCAUGCCAUCGCCGACCAAGAGGAUGCUGUGCAGUCCGAGAAGGUGGUUCUACCACCCUCGCCACCCUCGCCGACGCAGUAG